GACAGCUGCCUCCCUGCAGCUGUGAGGAGAGGAGCUGUCCUCGGUGCUGAAAACACAAACUCCUGUUUUCAUCACUUUGAAGAACAUCACGCGGACUGAGGAUCUUUUUUCUUUCUUCUUCCUUGGAUUUGAAGCAGCAGCUUGUGGAAGCCAUGAGUGCGUGCAGCAGGAAGGCUCUGACUUUACUCAGCAGUGUCUUUGCAAUCAGCGGCCUGGGGCUGCUGGGAGUGGCAGUGAGCACAGAUUACUGGCUCUACCUGGAGGAGGGUGUCAUUACACCUCUGAACCAGACCGCCGUGAUCAAGACUUCAAUGCACUCCGGCCUCUGGAGGGUCUGCUUCCUGGCUGGGGACGAGUCGGGCCGCUGCUUCACCAUCGAGUACAUGAUGCCUGCGAGCGUCCAGCUGACAUCAGAAUCCACAGGAAACGUGCUCAAGAUGAUCCGCUCAGCGACURCCUUCCCUCUGGUCAGCCUCAUUUUCAUGUUCAUCGGUUUUGUCCUGAACAACGUCGGCCACGUCCGCCCCCACCGCACCAUCCUGGCAUUUGUCUCAGGAAUCUUCUUCAUCCUUUCAGGGUUAGCACUGGUGGUGGGUCUGGUUCUCUACAUCUCCAGUAUAAAUGACGAGAUGCUGAACAGGACAAAAAGCAGCGAGACCUUUUUCUCCUAUAAGUACGGCUGGUCCUUUGCCUUCGCUGCCCUCUCCUUCCUGCUCACUGAGAGUGCUGGCGUCAUGUCUGUCUACCUGUUCAUGAAGCGCUACACAGCAGAGGAACUCUACCAGCCUCGUCACCACCCCACCUUCUACCGGCCCCGCCUCAGCACCUGCUCCGACCACUCGGGUCAGUUCCUCCACCCAGACGUGUGGUCGCGCAGACGAAGCCCCUCAGACAUCUCCAGUGACGCCUCCCUCCAGAUGAGCUCCAGCUACCCUGCUCUCCUCAAGUGUCCUGACUACGACCAGGUGUCAUCUUCGCCCUGCUGAGCAGCGGAUCAUCAGAACCAGACCUCAGGAGGUCCAGUCAGAGCYGAGUUGUGUUUUAGGAAAAAGACAGAAGUCAGAUAGUUAAGUGUGAGUUUGUGUCACCGGCCAAAGGACUUCAGCUGUAGUUUUGCUUCAGCAGGUCACACAGGGCUUUAUUUCUGAAUUUAUUGUAGAAGAAACUAAAGCUGUUUGUAUGUAGGCAAAGAAUCUGCAAAAUCAAUGUUUUUAAAAUGUUCAAAUUUUGUGUGGUAAAUUUAGAGUGCUGAUGUUUUAAUGUGUCAAUUCUUCAGCACUAAAAGGGGUUGAUAAGCUAAUGUUUCACCUGUAAAAUAAACAUAUUGUCCAGCUU